AUGGAGGAGUACCUUACAACCUUCGGCAUCUUGUUGGCCAGUCUCCUCCUGCUUUUCUUCCUGCUCCCUAUCCUGCUUAAAAGCAACAGUACAGCAGCAAUUUUCUGGCACACUGUCCUUGAAGAGAAGAUGGCAGAGCUUAUAACUGGGACGAGCAGAGAGCACAGAAUUUUAGAAUAUGUGUUGCGAAAUGCUGUGCAAGGUGAUGCAAAGAGCAUAGUGGACAAUGUUGACAGAUACUGCAGAGAGAAGGAAUGGGCAAUGAAUGUAGGGGAUGAGAAAGGUCAAAUUUUGGACAGGGUGUUGGAAGAGGCAAACCCUUCGACCGUGCUAGAGCUGGGGACCUACUGUGGUUACUCGGCCCUACGCAUGGUCUGUGUGCUUAAACCUGGUGCUCGCCUGCUGACCAUUGAGUUCAAUCCUGCCAAUGCAAGUGUGGCAAAGCAGAUCUUCCACUUCGCUGGAGUUGAGGGCAAGGUGGAACUUCUGGAAGGUGCAUCUGAAGACAUUAUCCCUCAACUUAAGAAGCAGCACAAGGUAGACACGGUGGAUUUUGUUUUCCUCGAUCACUGGAAGGACCGUUAUCAGCCUGACACCCGACUCCUGGAGGAAUGCAGUCUGUUGAGAAAAGGCUCAGUUCUCCUGGCAGACAAUGUAAUUUCGCCAGGAGCUCCAGAAUUUCUGCAGUAUGUGCGUAACAACCCUCAUUAUGAAUGCACACACUAUGCUUCUCACCUGGAAUAUACAAAGUUAAAAGAUGGAAUGGAAAAAGCUGUUUUUAAGGGUUAA